AUGGCUAAAUACACUAUAGGAAAGACGCAACACAGGAAAGACGCAACACAGGAAAGACGCAACACAGAGAAGACACAGCACAGGAAAGACGCAACACAGGAAAGACGCACCCCAGGAAAGACGCAACACAGAGAAGACACAGCACAGGAAAGACGCAACACAGGAAAGACGCAACACAGAGAAGACACAGCACAGGAAAGACGCAACACAGGAAAGACGCACCCCAGGAAAGACGAAACACAGAGAAGACACAACACAGGAAAGACGCACCCCAGGAAAAACGCAACACAGAAAAGACACAACACAGGAAAGACGCACCCCAGGAAAGACGCAACACAGGAAAAACGUAACCCAUGCAGAAAAGUCGGAACCCAGGAAAGACGCAAACAGGAAAGACUCAAACAGGGAAGACGCAACACAGAAAGACUCAAACAGGAAAGACGCAACACAGAAAGACUCAAACAGGAAAGACGCAACACAGAAAUACUCAAACAGGAAAGAUGCAACACAGAAAGACUCAAACAGGAAAGACGCAAGCAACACAGAAAAGACACAACACACGAAAAUGUAACGUAG